GUGUUCAUUCCUUUGAUCAGAUCACCAUCAUCAUCUUGUAAUAAAAAUCGAUCAUGGCUGUGACCAUCAAACGAGCGGCCCUUAUCGUUGCCGGUCUUGGCGUCUUAUCAUUCAUAUUGGGAGUCAUAGCCGAAAACAAAAAGCCAGAAGCUGGAACCCCAAUUCCUGGUAAAGGUGUGGUUAUAUGCAAGUAUCCAAGGGAUCCCUCCCUGGCCCUGGGCUACCUAUCGGUUGCAUUUCUGACGCUAUCGACUAUCGCUGGCUAUUGGUCUCUGUUUUACCCUUACAAAGGGAAAUCUGUUCCACACUCUGUCCUCUUUCAAAGCGCCAGUUUCUUCGUCUUCUUCAAUAUUGCCUUGAUUACAAGUGGGGUAGCAGCCACACUGCUGUUGUGGCCAACGAUCACGGAGCACCUUCACUUGAUUCGCAAUGUUCAUCACAAUCCCACCACCACAUGCCCUACUGCUAAGACUGGACUCCUUGGUGGUGGUGCCUUUGUAUCCCUGGAUUCGGCCCUCUUCUGGUUAGUUGCCCUUAUGUUGGCUGAUAAUGCCCGACAUGAUCACUUUUAUGAUGUUGAAAAACACAGCAAAGCUCAGGUUCUCCCAGAUGGCUGCUGAUUACCAUGUCAAUAGGGGUGCUGUGUAAUGUAGUUCAUGCCUCAUCAACACCCAACUAUCUGUAUCUUUAUCUUUCUGUAUAUGGUUUACACUUUGUUCCUAUUUCACAGUAUUUCUUCAGAAAAAGAAAAUUUAAAUUUCACCUUCUUUUA